CACUUCGUCAUUUUUUCAGUCGCCAUUGUUCUCGUUCUCGGCCCUCGAAUUUGUGGAAAUAAACUCAGUUUCCUAUAAAUUCGUUGCAAUAAAUACAAUAGCGAAUUACAAAACACACAAUAGCAAUAGUGAAAGAGCAGUGCGCGUAAUCCAGUGAUACAUUUACAGUGAUCAGACCGCGCAAGUCGAAGAAACAGUCAACGCAAAGCAGCCAGGCAAAGGCAGAAAUCAAAUCGAAUAUUUGUUCGUGGCAAAUAUAAAUUCUUGUGAAAAAGCUCCAUAAUGUCAUCUGUGAAUCCCGAAUACGAUUAUCUCUUCAAAUUGUUGCUGAUUGGCGACUCCGGCGUUGGAAAGUCCUGUCUGCUGCUGCGUUUUGCCGAUGACACAUAUACAGAGAGCUAUAUCAGCACAAUCGGUGUAGAUUUUAAAAUUAGAACCAUAGAACUGGACGGAAAGACCAUUAAGCUGCAAAUCUGGGAUACUGCUGGUCAGGAGCGCUUCCGUACCAUCACUUCUUCAUACUACCGUGGCGCACAUGGUAUUAUUGUUGUCUAUGACUGCACGGAUCAGGAGUCGUUCAACAAUGUGAAGCAGUGGCUCGAGGAGAUCGAACGAUAUGCUUGCGAGAAUGUCAACAAGCUGCUGGUGGGCAACAAGAGCGAUUUGACCACCAAGAAAGUUGUUGAUCAUACCACAGCUGCGGAGUAUGCAGCUCAGUUAGGCAUUCCAUUUCUCGAAACUUCGGCCAAGAGCGCCACCAACGUGGAGCAGGCCUUCAUGACGAUGGCGGCUGAGAUCAAGAAUCGCGUCGGGCCGCCAUCCAGUGCCACCGACAACGCUAGCAAGGUGAAAAUCGAUCAAGGACGUCCAGUGGAAAAACCCAAUUCCGGUUGCUGCUGAAUAACUCUGAUUGUGAAUCAUUAUUUUAUUAUACAAUUAAACAAAAUUUAAAUAUAAUAAAUUAAAACGGAAAA